UCCCAAAGGCAGCAACAAUCAUCAGAGAUCCAGCCGAGAUCAACACUAUCAGAAACACUGGAGGGGGAGUGUGUGUGUCUGUGUAAUGAUGAAGAAAGAAGUGAACGCGUUAGUCUGAUCUACACCAGAAGACAGAGAUCAGUCUGGGGUCGGACGACAGGCUUCAUUCUAGCCUCCACAGUGCUGAUGAGGAGGAGGAGGAGGAGGAGGACAUCAUCAUAACCCCCUCCGAAGGACUGCUAGGAAGGACACAGCUUCACUAGGAUGCAGCCUUCCGUUUUAGAAGCAUCCUCUAUUUUCCCCCAACAACAACCCCCACAAAUCUCACUACAAGCGGCAAAUAUCACCAAUCGAUAGGCUUGGAGGAUCGGUUUUCGUAGUUUCAGCGGGAUCUGGAUUAUUCGCAUCAAAAGCGUCUGCGCAAGAACAGAUUUUUUUAACGAAUACUUGAUUUUCCACACAGCAUCCAUUAUGUUUAUAGGAAUGAAGUUCUUUAUUUUGCACAUAGCGAGUAUUUUACUCGUGCAGGGUGUGUUUGGUGCUGAUGAUACAGACAGAGUGUCAGUGAUGGAGGGAGAUUCAGUCACUCUACACAUUAGUGUUAAACAAAUCCAACAAGAGAGAAUUAAAUGGUAUUUUAAUGACACUUGUGUAGCUCAAAUUAACGGAGAUCCCUAUACAGAUAAUCAAUGUCACGAUGAUAGUGAGAGAUUCAGAGACAGACUGAAGCUGGAUCAUCAGACUGGAUCUCUGACCAUCACAAACAUUAGUACCACAGACGCUGGACUCUAUAAACUACAGAUCAUCAGCGGCGACAGUGACAGUGAAAAGACCUUCAGCGUUUCUGUCCUCGGUGUUUCUGCUGCUGAACGAGAUGAAGUGAAGAGGAAGUCAGUGAAGGAGGGAGAAUCCGUCAUUUUAGAUCCUGGUUUAAUAAAACACACAAAUGAUGUGAUGACGUGGUAUUUUAAUGACAAUGUCAUCGCUGAGAUCACUGGAGAUCAGAGUAAGACCUGCACAGACGAUCAGUGUGAACUUGCUGAGGGACGAUUCAGAAACAGACUGAGGCUGGAUCAUCAAACUGGAUCUCUGACCAUCACAAACACCAGAACCACAGACACUGGACUCUAUAAACUGGAGAUAAACAGCAGCAGUAUCAGCGUCCGUCGUCGCCGCAGCAGCAACAUCAGCAUCAGCAGCUUUAAAAGCUUCAGCGUUGCCGUUAUUGAAUCCAGUCAGUCUGUAGCAGUGAUAUGUGCUGGUGUUGGUGUUCUCCUGCUGGUUUCUGCGGCUUUAAAUCACACCGCUGGUGUGAUCAACUGUCACCGGAACAAAGCUACAAAAGCAGGACAGAAUGAGCAUCACAUUGAAGACUCGUACACUAAUAAGGCUUGGAUGCCAUUGUUGACUGUUGCUGAUGAACCGUACCCGACUGAAGAUGCCAGAUCCACAUCACCAUUUUUAGCUAUUUAAAUAAGUUAAAGCAUGUAGCAAAAUAUAGGCUAUUUUAUGAAAGAAGCACAUUAUCAGCAAUAGAACAGCGAAUGCUUCAUGUUUUUCUGUAGAGAUUUAUUUAUGAUGCUUUUUGUAGCAGUUUAGUACCUCAUUCUCUUAUGACCAAGAAGUGUAUUUUACUACUUUCACACAGCAUCUUACUGCGAUAUGCAAGCACACAGAUCAUGUGCACAAAUAUGCAAACAUGUCAAACAACAUGAAUCGACCCUGCACUACUGAUAAAACUACUGGAAAAGAUAUUUGUCACGGAUUCAGCCAGCAUGCCAUCAACAGGUCCUUCAUUUGCACUCGUUCACAAUCACUGGAUUAUUAACCUGUUACACCCAUCAAAAGCACACACACACACACACACACACACACUCCUGUUGUCUGGUCUCGUCAGUUUCUGCAUGAGAAUGUAUCUACAUGUGAUCAUCGUCUUCCUGCAUCUGUCAAUCCAUCAUAUUGUUCUUCAUCCUGAAAGAAACAAAGACUCCUCAGUGAAGUGUUACCGCUCAUGUUCAUCUCUUUCCUGCACGAUCUAAACUAUCUGUGAAUAAACACCUGUUUACUUCA